AUGGUGUCUGGAUCCUAUGAAGCGCUAGGUCUCGAUGGAUUUUCAUGUGUGGAUCGAUACACCCGCUUUGGUGCAUACGGCUAUUCCGGAACAGAUUCUCAAUUACAAGACGCCAGACCACUGCCUCCUGUGGACUGGGACAAAGUCAAUUGGCAAACCCUGCAAGAGCAAUGCUUUGAAAGAAACGCUGACAGAUACGAGUCGGCUCAACAGCCCUUGAGCAUGCACUCGCUGCCUUUUACUGCAAUUUCUCACGAGACUCUUUCCCAACACAACAGACCAGAACAAUCCUUCCCGCGAUCCAGGCCGAGGUCCGCCGUCAUUUUGCGAGCGUGGCAUGACAUGCCUUGGACCGAGAACAUGAAGCACUAUGUGCGGUCACUGGUGAUGGAGCUUUCAUUGCAUACAGGGUCGGAGUACCAAGUUUUUAUCCUGUCACAUGUGAAGGACAACAACAUACCGAUAUACGCGGUAAAUGGAGAGGAUAAUGCUCAGCGACUGAAGGAAAAAUAUAUGCCCAAGGAGUUCCAUGACAUGACUGUCUUUUUCAACAAUCAGACUCUGGAAUCCUGGUAUCCAGCCAUAGAAGAGCAUAGCCCUUAUUAUCAGCAUCUACAACCUGUAGAGAUUUUCUCACAGGUCUUCCCAGACUUUGACUAUUACUGGCAAUUGGAAAUGGACUCCAGGAUAACCGGUCAUUCGUACCAUUUCUUUGAGAAGGCUGCGGAGUUCGCCAGAAAUCAACCCAGGAAAUAUCUCUGGGAACGCAACGCUUACUUCUAUAUCCCAGGGGCGCAUGGUACAUGGGAAGAAUUUAUGAAAAUGGUAGAAAGUUCGAUGGAGGAUAAGGAAAGCAUUUGGGGUCCUACGCCUCCUGAUUCGAGAAUAAGUCCCAUAGGACCAAGGCCGCCAGUACCACACCCUCGCGAUGACCAUUAUGAGUGGGGUGUUGGUGAGGAAGCCGAUCUUAUGUUAUUCCUACCCAUAUUUGAUCCGCGCGACACUACUUGGACAUUCCCAAACGUAAUCUGGAAUCUAUCGCAGAGAGACCCUCGCCGCGCCGCGCCAAUUAUGAUGGGCCGGUACUCGAAAGGCUUGUUGGAUGCUAUACACUUCGCACAGGUUGAGCAAGGAAUAGCCCUUGCAUCGGAGAUGACGGCUGCCUCAUUUUCCCUGUGGCAUGGGCUGAAAGCUGUUCAAGUGCCUCAUCCUAUCUAUCUUGACGGGAAAUGGACACCCAAAGAACUGAACAGAAUUAUGAACAAAGGGUCACCAGAGAAAAUGAAUGGCGGCCCCGACAGCAUUUGGAAUUUUGACCACAAAUUUGAUCACAUUCUUUACCGGACGACGUACAUGUUCUUCACGCAGACAGCCGAGGAUCUGUAUAGAAGAUGGCUUGGUUACGUGGUUGAUCCCCAUCAAUAUACGGAUGGCAGCAAUCACCAAGACCCUCAGGGACGUAACUGGUUUGACAACGGCGAUCUGAUCAAGGCCUAA